GUCAUGCUAGUCAAUGGGGUGAAGUUCGAUCUCGCAAGUCUAAAAAGGAACAGAGCAAUAAAGCUAAGGCAGGCGGACAACAAUCUGGCAACGCUCAACGCGGACACCAAAGAGGUGGUUAUAGUGAUCGUGGUCGGACCCGUGGUGAAGGUGGAUCUCGUGGUGGAAGAAAUACUGAUCGUUCUCGAGGGCCAAAGAGAGAUAACAGUUCGGGUUAUACUCGACCUCCACGUCAACAAAAUGGACCAAGCACCUCCAAUCACGAUGACACGAACAACGGUGCUCACGCAAAAUUAGUUACUGAUAACUGGGGUAAUAACGACAGUUCUGGUGGUGAUUGGAAUGACGCCAACGAAAGCUGGUCUUCUGAUUCCAAAGGUCUUAAUGCCCGGGGCAAUGACAAUAUCGCUGCUAAUGACUGGAGUGCUGAAAAUCAAUUUCAAAAUUCAUGGGGUGAUAAUUCGGCGGAAAAUGCUAAAAGCGGCUGGGAUAAUGGCUCGGUUACUGAUAAAGGUCAGAGUAAUUGGACCAACGAGGUUUCUACAGAAAAUAAUCAUAGUGGACGAAAUGGCGAUAAUAUUAAUAAUUCGGGAGGGUUGACAGUUAAUAGUAAAAAUAAAUCCGACAAUGUUAAUGAUAAUUUCCUAAGUCGGGAGGCCGACAAAUCCACAUUU